UCACAUAUAUGGGUAAGCCCUACAGAAGCCAGAGAAAGGCUGACUUCUGAGUCAAUAUGCAUCGGAUCGGGUUCCCGAUGUGUUGGCAUCGGGAAUGCGUCGCUAAAUGAGGAGGGAUGUCCCCAGAGAGGGGCAGGAGCUGAGCUCUUAGAUCCGAGGAAGUGGACGAUGCGUUCUCUUCUCUGUCCACCAGCCAGCCAGGCUUCACUACGCAGCGGGUUUGCGGGUCAUCGAACAGCAGCGAAGGGAAGAGCCGGCAUGCGGGCAGGCAAUCGGCGGCGGCCCCAGCAGCGCCUCUCCUGAGAGGGGAGGGCUCACGCACCCUGGGAGAGACGUGACAGGGCAGUUUUCCCAAGUCUCCUCCCCUCCCUCCUCUGCAGUCACUUCCUGCAGCUGUUUCCAUCUGUGUCCGGUUAUACUGCUCCCUCGCUCUCGCCGCCCCCCCCCCCCCGCGCCCCUUAGAUCGAAGUGGGCUGAAAGCAACCCCCUUUUAAGUUCCAAAGAGAGGAAGAAAGAGCCGAAGAUUCCAAGCGCGAGGAUGUGCAUGGCUGGUCCUCUCUGUUUACCGGGGAAUCCUUGCAGAGCGGACGCCUCCCGCGAGGCUCUCCUUGGGAAGCCGAAACCUCUUGGACUGGGGUCAUCCUUGCCGCUUGCACAUGAUGAGGAACUUGCCACGGUGGUGGAGCAGGACCCAGCGCUGGAGGAACUGUGCAAGCCUUUGUGCUGCAGGCUUUGUAAUGUCACCCUGAAUUCUGCACAGCAAGCCCAGGCUCAUUAUCAGGGUAAAAACCACAGUAAGAAACUUCGGAAUUACUAUGCAGCCAACAGCUGUCCAGCUCCCACCAGAAUGAGUAAUUUGCUUGAGCCAGCUGUGCAUCCAGUGGUUUCCCUUCCAGCCCAGGGGGCUUCAUCGAAGCCAGGAGGCCGAGUGAUCCUGGCCACAGAGAAUGACUACUGUAAACUGUGCGAUGCUUCAUUCAGCUCGCCAGCUGUGGCCCAGGCUCACUACCAAGGGAAGAAUCACGCCAAGAGGCUGCGGCUGGCCGAAGCUCAGAACAACUCAUUCUCGGAUUCAUCGGAAGCAGGCAAACGGAGGGUGCGGAAGGAAGGGAGUGAAUACAAGAUGGUGCAGAACAGACGAAAUGUGUAUCCCGUCCAGAAUAACACAGGCCCUUACUUCAACCCGCGCUCCCGCCAGCGGAUUCCCCGGGACCUCGCCAUGUGCGUCACCCCCAGCGGCCAGUUCUACUGCUCCAUGUGCAAUGCCGGGGCCAGCGAGGAGCUGGAGUUCCGGCAGCACCUGGAAAGCAAGCAGCACAAGAGCAAAGUGUCCGAACAGCGGUAUAAGAACGAGAUGGAGAACCUGGGCUAUGUACAAUGAGACCCGGUGCCUGCUUGCCACUUCUCCUGAGUUGUGGGGUGGGGAGGGCAUCUCUCGCCUGCUGCUUGCCACCUGUCCCGCUUUUUGUGCUCCACGCCUCCGGAAGCCCGUUCUCCAGCUCCCUCCAUCUUUUUAACAGCCCGCACACGUAACGGUGAGGUAGGGGCAGCAAAGGUUUGAUUUUGCUCACACUUGGCAGGGGUAUUGUGCUGCAGGAUGUCAAGUGGGGCUGCUUGGUUUUGCUUGCUCAUUAGCUCAGGCUCUUCACUGCACUCGGAGGGGGGCCUUGCCGCCGUCCCUCUGCCCCUGCAUCAAUUCCCCCCUUGCAUGAGUGCACUUGGCCCGAGAAGUACCAGAACCACAGACUGGCCAGGCAAGUUGCACCCUCUUUUUGCACUGCAUCAUGCUGGUGCUCCACCAUAGCUGCAGCAACCGCAGUUUGAUCAUUGGGGAGCAGCGGAAGUGCUACAGAAGGGGCUAGAGCGAGGCGGAGAGGCCGUAGCUUUGUGGCAAAGCCCACGUUUCGCUUCUUGAAGGUUCCCGGUUCGAUCCCGAGUACCUCCACUUGAAAGGGUCUUGGGUAGAAGGACAGGGAAAGAGCUUGUGCCCGAUGCCUUGGAGAGCUGUUGCCAGUCAGAGUUGCUAAUACUGGGCUAGAAGCGUCGUCCCUCUAAGGCAGCUUUGUAUCUUCAUAAAGAGUUUGCUGGCGAAGGGUAUAGAGAAAAAACCUAAAAUGGUAUGAAGGUUUUGCUGAGUGUUUAGACACUAUCUGACCCACUGGGUGGGUCUUUUAGAGUGGUGUCGUCUCUGGGCCGAUAAAGACCAGAAUCUAAAGUCCCUAUGACAUUCAGUCUCCCUCUUCAUCAUGCUCGUUGCCUGGCCCUACAGCCAAGUUGGAGUCGAUCAUUUAAAAACAAAGAAGAAAGGGGGAAAUUCCAAACGUCUGUAUUUUGUUUUAAAAAAUGAAAUCCAAAUCAAAUGUGCGCAAUUUAAUUUGUACAACAAUGUGAAUUUGAGCAUUCCACUCACAUAAUUUGGAGGCUUUUUUUUUUAAAAGCAUAGAAUUCCAUACCUCUGGCAGUGGUUAGGGAUGGCUUUGCCCCUUUAGCCAUUUCCGUUAAUUUAAUUUUUAAAUUUUAAUUAUCAGUUAAUUUUUUUAACACUGAAGUUAUAAAAGAUCCAGUAUCUGUCAAGAAUGUUUGGCAUCUUUCCCCUCUUUCCAGCUUUGUUGUUAAGUGAGCUUUCUUUUUUCUUUUAAUUUCCUGCACACGCGCACACACACAGUAUCUGAAUUGCAAACUCAAAAGGAUGCCCCUCCCCACUCUGGACUGAAAUGUAUUAUUUUCAUAGCAUCCAGAGAUGGAGAGUGGAGGCAGGAAAAUCUCUGCAAUCUGUUCUCUGAAACAAAUGCUUUGUGAUCAGGCUGGCACUGGAAAAAGUCAGAAAUUCAUAAUGCAUGAGGCAGAGUCCCAACACCAGAGGCGACUGGAAAUGUCUAGCUGGGAAAAUUUAUCUGCUGCCAGCCCGGGCCAGGUGAAUCUGUACUCAAUUAGGAGCAUCCAGCCUUGGCUGGCAUUGUAGCGAUGAAAGCUGGCCAGCUCCUCCUGUCACAGGCAUGCUUCCAAAAACUGUCUUUCCUCAGAAGCUGAACUGUGUUGGAGUUGGCUACCAGUUCGUACAUGUUGCCUGCUGGGACUGAGUGCUUAUUCACCUGAUGAAGCAUAGAAUCAUCCAGUCCAACUGUGUGAUUGUUACUGAUGAGUGAAACUUCUUUCUUUUGGGAAGGGAAUCCAGUCCUGAAAUGUUAUGUCUGAGGACAGGGGUUCUCAAUCCCAGAUGUCAGCCCCAGUCAUAAUGGCCUUGGGCCAUUUUCAAUUAAAACUGAAAACAUUUGGACUAUAGCUCCUAUCAUCCCCAGCUAUCUUCUCCCUUGGCUGUUCAUGAUUUUAAAAUCAAAAGCAUUUUGAUGAAAACUUUGUUGUUCUUCAAAGGGCCUUUGGCCAUUGUGGCUGAAUAUGAUGGAAGUUGUCCAGCAAUGUCUGGGGACCUCUGCCUUUGGAGGUUCGUUGAACUGAUGAAUCAGUGGGCCUGAGAGUUUUGGGGUCCCAUGCCUUGUUCUUGAACUCCAAUUCAUGAUUUUGCUGCAAUGAAGGCAUAUUCUGGCUUCACUCGAUUUACACUCGUUCCGGUCUGGUUUACAUAGGCUUCAGAAUGAGAUUAUAAUUAUUAUUAAUUAAUUAAUUCGAUUUCUAUACUGCCCUUCCAAAAAUGGCUCAGGCUGGUUUACACAGAGAAAUAACAAACAAAUAAGAUGGAUCCCUGUCCCCAAAGGGCUCACAAUUAGGGAUGGGCCCAGACCGGUCUGGACCUGGGUGGUUCGGUUCCGGGUUUUGGGGUAGCUUUAAGAGUGGCGGGAGGGUUUACUUACCCCUCCCGCCGCUUUCCUGCUCUG